GCUCAAUGUUCGUGAUCGCCGCCAUUUUUUCGCGCGACGUUUUAGACAAUGUCGAUUAUGACGUUUUCUGAUUACAGAAUCUAUAGGGUAUUGUUACGUCAUAAUAGUGAGUAUGAUGCCAACAAGUAGCGAGCAACAUCGAUGGUUUCAUCACCCCACUAUGACGUCAUCCCACCACCCGGAAGUGACGUGUGCGGGGUCAUUUGCAUCUAGUGGAGGGGGCCAUGGUAUACCACCAUAUAUGGACACGGGGUACCGAGAAGAUAUGGACGCUUACCUCCACCAUAUAGAUGGACAAAGUGGUUAUUAUGGAUUACAAUACAGAGCUCAUCAAAGAUCGCUCAACGCUGCAGCAGUUGCUCGUGUGGAAGCUGAAAGAUCAUGUGCAGUAAGAUCGUCACAUUUUCACCAUCAGAAUCACCCACAUGUAUCACCAGGGGCUGGGGGUGGCUUACCUACAUGGUUAGGAUCAUCUGUACCGAAGUCCUCGGUGUUCGGACCACUACAAACCCCGAGUAUUUCAUCGCAUCGUCCUAACAUAUGGAAUGCGCCACCGAGUAAAGAUACCGAGUUCUCCAGGUACGUUUACCCUCCGCCAUCAUUGGUGAAGACAGAGGAAGGGGGAACCACCUCCAGGGAAGAUUGUGAUGACGUAGGAAGACCAUGCGCUUCUAACAUUGGAUGUGAAACCACCGAACCCGCGACCUCGAAAGCGUUCCACGUCUUCCCGACCCCACCUAAAGAUGAUGACCCCUCCCUCACGCCAUCUAGCGGUACCCCCCCUGUGCGGGCUCCCCCCCAUAAUCGACCUCCACAACCUAGUCCUUCCAUGGAUUGCCACCAAAUUUAUCAUCGACAAUCCUCCAAACCUGACAUCCCAGUCUGCAAUGACGUCACAUCAUGUUCCAUCAUGCCCCACCCAACUUACCCCUACAUCUCACCCAGCGUGGGGGAAUACCCGGUUACGGGUACAUCUUACCCGAACGCUGGAGAGUCAGGCAAGGUGACGUCAUCAUACUCAAACAAUGGAAAAUCGAAGCCAAAGAACCGAUCAAGCACAGAGGGUCGCGAAUGUGUUAACUGUGGAGCGACAGCGACUCCAUUGUGGCGUCGAGAUGGGACGGGACAUUAUCUUUGUAACGCGUGUGGUCUCUACCAUAAAAUGAAUGGACAAAACCGACCGCUUAUCAAACCCAAGAAACGAUUGUCUGCGGCGCGACGAGCCGGAACGAGUUGUUCAAAUUGUUCGACCACUACCACCACCUUGUGGCGAAGAAAUGCAAGCGGGGAUCCGGUGUGUAACGCGUGUGGAUUGUACUUCAAACUGCACGGGGUGAAUCGUCCGCUGACCAUGAAGAAAGAAGGGAUCCAAACCAGGAACCGGAAGAUUUCUACGAAGCUGAAAAAAUCAUCUGUAUGUAGGGACCCGAGAUUCGACGCGACCAAUUUCAAAUUCUUUGACGGGUCGAGCGGUUUCGGGGCAGCAGCGGCAGCGGCGGCCGCCUAUUCCGGUCAGUUCGGGCAGAUGCACACGUUCGGUGGCGUUCACCCGCAUCACCAUCCACAUAUGGCACAUCACCUAACUGCUGGUUCAGCUGGGUUUGCCAACUCCCAUCAUCCGAUGUUACCCCCGCCCCCCCACCACACCAUGCACCCCCCACACCCCACACCACCUGCCGCACCAGGGUCGGCAAAUCUAACAUUAAGUUUAAACCAUAGUAGUAUGGUACACGCAAUGGGCUGACCCUCCAAUACUGCAGCAUGCGCUUACUGUGCUACAAAUAUUUAACAUUAAUUUCACGCCGUACAGUUCCGAAACAUUGAUGUACAAAUAUGUCGCUUAAGUUCUUUUCUUACGUACUGUGUGUGUUGUGCAACUAACCUGUAACCAAGGCAAUACAAGCGAGUAUCUCGUCCAA